GAUUUUUCAAGCCACAUUCAAUUGAUAGGAUGAAAAAGUUUAAGAGAAGGUUGUCCCUCACACUUCGAGGAAGCCAGACUAUUGAUGAAUCAUUAUCUGAACUGGCUGAACAAAUGACUAUUGAAGAAAACAGCAGCAAAGAUAAUGAGCCUAUUGUGAAGAAUGGCAGGCCUCCCACGUCUCACAGUAUGCAUUCCUUCCUCCACCAGUACACAGGGUCUUUCAAGAAGCCCCCGUUGCGGAGACCCCACAGUGUUAUUGGAGGCAGCCUUGGCUCCUUCAUGGCAAUGCCGAGAAAUGGAAGCAGACUAGAUAUUGUUCAUGAGAAUCUAAAGAUGGGAUCAGACGGUGAGAGUGACCAAGCUUCUGGGACAUCAUCCGAUGAAGUCCAGUCACCUACGGGUGUUUGUCUCAGAAAUCGUAUACAUAGGCGGAUCUCAAUGGAGGAUUUAAAUAAGCGGUUAUCCCUGCCUGCAGAUAUUAGAAUACCUGAUGGAUAUCUCGAAAAAUUACAAAUCAACAGUCCACCAUUUGAUCAACCAAUGAGCCGAAGGUCCCGUAGAGCUUCCUUAUCAGAAAUUGGUUUUGGGAAAAUGGAAACCUACAUCAAAUUGGAAAAGCUUGGAGAGGGUACAUAUGCAACAGUAUAUAAAGGAAGAAGUAAAUUGACAGAGAAUUUGGUGGCUUUAAAAGAGAUCCGAUUGGAACAUGAAGAAGGUGCACCCUGUACAGCUAUAAGAGAAGUUUCUCUCCUAAAGGAUUUAAAACAUGCAAAUAUAGUCACCUUACAUGACAUUGUUCACACAGAUAAAUCUUUGACUCUGGUCUUUGAAUAUCUGGAUAAAGACCUAAAACAGUACAUGGAUGACUGUGGGAAUAUCAUGAGUAUGCACAACGUAAAGCUAUUCCUGUACCAGAUUCUACGCGGCUUGGCGUACUGCCACAGAAGAAAGGUGCUGCAUCGAGACUUGAAACCACAGAACCUCCUCAUUAAUGAGAAAGGAGAGCUAAAGCUAGCGGAUUUUGGACUAGCCAGAGCCAAGUCCGUUCCAACGAAGACCUACUCAAAUGAAGUUGUCACACUGUGGUAUCGGCCACCUGAUGUGCUUCUUGGUUCCUCAGAGUACUCAACACAGAUUGACAUGUGGGGUGUUGGUUGCAUUUUCUUUGAAAUGGCUUCGGGAAGACCUCUGUUUCCAGGAUCGACUGUGGAAGAUGAACUACACUUAAUUUUCCGGCUAUUAGGAACUCCAUCUCAGGAAACUUGGCCAGGUGUUUCUUCAAAUGAUGAAUUCAAGAACUACAACUUCCCAAAAUACAAACCACAGCCUCUAAUAAACCAUGCACCCAGGUUAGACUCUGAAGGAGUUGAAUUGAUCACAAAAUUUCUUCAAUAUGAAUCUAAGAAAAGGGUUUCAGCAGAAGAGGCCAUGAAACAUGUAUACUUCCGAAGUCUGGGACCAAGAAUACAUGCUUUACCAGAAAGCAUAUCAAUAUUCAGUUUGAAAGAGAUUCAGUUGCAAAAGGACCCGGGUUUUCGAAAUUCUUCUUAUCCAGAGACAGGUGUGUUUGUCAUAAACCAUUUCACAUGUCGAUCAUGAAGUUUUGUGUGGAACCAAGCUUUUGGUUUCUAAGUUGAUCAGUAAAACUAUUGACGUAAAAACCAAUGUACAGUGCAUUCCACAACUGUGUAUGUUUAGCAUUGCACAUACUCACUUUUCUGUAUGAUGUGGGCAGCUCAGUAAAUCUUCAGAGAGAAAUCUGACUCAGUCAAGUCAGGGAUCCUGAAAGCUGCAGAUGGCACAGAGACCUUUUACAAGUGGCCUGGCUUGAUCACUGCACGCGCCAUCCCUGGUACCUGAGGCAGAAGACACAUCUUGUGCUUCCCUAGUCAUCGGGUUCAUCACCUCGAAGCAUAGAAGCUGUAGACUGAGCCCGUCGACAACAGGGUCAUUUAAGACAGUGCUGAUCAAUCUUACCGUGGAUAUUAGCUUUGCUGGUGGGAACAUUAGCUUCCUAGUCACCAAAUACUGUGUGUGGGAUAAAACUGAACCUUGAACUGCCUCAUAAGAUGACUUUAUAUUUUAGGACAUGGGAAGAACAGAAGACAGAGCAUGCUCUUUUAAGUCUGAUAACAUGGUUUCAAGCCCAGCCCCCAGCCUUUCUUAUCAAUCAAGGACUCAGAUCUGAAGGCAGUAAUUUCUUUUGGUGGACUUGGAAUCUCCGUUUGUCUACACUGUCCUCUUCACAGUGGAGUCUUUUUAUUUCAGACCUACAGAUUGUUUUUAUAUUUGUUGUCACAGUGUGACAAUUUUUUGUACAGUCGGUUUUAAGGUCUUCUCUGCCAUUAGAGCCAGUAGGUUACAACUAUCGAUGUAACUGUAGCUGCAAUUUUUGUGCAGGACUGAGAAACACAGUGCAUUAUUUAUUGCAGAAUCAUUGCUGCUAAAUAACUACUGUCUGUUUAUUUAACACAACAGUUGAAUGCCUGAAGAAGUUGCAGUGGCUUUAUUAUAUGUGAAUGCAUCUGUUUCUCCUCAUGGAUUGUUUUACUGCUGCAUUUUUGUUUGUUUUUAAAAUUAAACUGCAGUGUUUCCUGGAAUAUAUAUUUAGCUUUGCUUAACAGUAAAAUUAAGUGAGCCAUCUUGAACUCUUAAGUUUGUGCUAUAUAAUUUCUUAUUGAACAUUGGCAAAUAGAGUAGCUAGAGAUUGAUACCACAUUAUGUUUAGGAAAGCAUGCUGAUGCAGAACUUGAUUCAAGCAAGUGAACACCUGAUAUUUUGGGUUUCUCACAUUAGACACCAAUAAAUUAAAGCACCAAGAUUAUUUAUUGUUAUCUAUUCCUCAUUUUAGAAAUGUCUGCUGCAUAUUACUGGAUAUUUGUAUACUAAUAGACUUUAACUAUUUUACAUUGUGCUUUAAUUUAGUUAAUACUUAACCAUAUAAGUUCAUUUAAACAUGGGAGUCUUGCUUGUGUUUAAGAAUAUUUCUUUUACUAGAAAGGAUGAUACUUCAUAGGGGCACAGUUUCUUUCUUUUGGGGGCUGUGUAUGUUUCAAAACAUUCACUUGGAAUCAACAAAAAGCUGUAAUACGUCUUUGAAAUGAGCCAUGAUAAAUUUCAAACGAGGGAAAUGAGAACUUAAGAGGAUUGCUUUAAAGCAUCAUAGGUAUUAUCUGUUUAUCAGAGAUAAUAAAUAUUACUGUUUUAAUUAUGCAUCUCUUUGAACAUCAUAAACACAGGUUGGUGUUGGUAACAGUGUUUUAAGCAUUUGUGUUCACCUUUAAGACUAUUGUUUAGUGCAUCUUACAAACUAUAAAUCUUAAUUGGUAUAUUUUGAAAUGGUCAUGUAAAUUUUUGCCUUAUACAUCAUGAAAAUAGUCAUAACUUAAUUUUUUUCCUGACAUUCACUGUAAAAGAUUCAGGGGUCCUUCCAUUUCUGUUCAGGAAAUCUUGUAGUUUAUUGUUGUUAUUUAACAGUAUUAAAUGGGUUUUUGUAUAUUUCAUUUUAACUUUAUUUGUGAAUAGUGAUUGUGGCAUGUUUGGGGUAUUAUUUUAAUUUUUCAUAAUACUGAAAUUUUAAUUUUUAAAAAAAAUUCCUGAAAGAAACAGAUUCAUGUGUGAUGGUGAAUAUCGGACCACUACUGCUUUUCACAUCUGUAAAUUGGUUUUAUGUUAAGCUCGGUAGCCUAACAAACUGCUGUUAUUUCUAACGGACAGACAUGUAUUAAUAUUGUACUUUGAAGGUUAUAAAUACUAUGUGAAAUUCAUCCAUUUUUUUUGUUUUGAAAUUUAUAAUAACAAAAUCUCCAUGUUGUAUAAAAGCGA